CCUUGCACGGACGGACAUUUUCAUCCUGAAUCGAAACAAAUACAGCACAAGAAGAAGAAAAGCAGAACACCCGUAACGAGCCUUUCUUGUUUGAGGUCAAAGUUCAACAGUCAUCAUGGCCGACGAAUCAGACAUGCGCAAUGAGCUGGCAGACCUGCAGACACGCGCAGACCAGAUAGCCGAUGAGUCUCUGGAGAGCACUCGGCGUAUGCUGUCUCUGGUUGAGGAGAGUAAAGAUGCUGGCAUCAGGACUCUGGUCAUGUUGGAUGAGCAGGGAGAACAACUGGAGCGCAUCGAGGAGGGGAUGGACCAAAUCAAUAAGGACAUGAAGGAUGCAGAAAAGAAUUUGAACAAUCUAGGACAGUUCUGUGGUCUAUGUUCAUGUCCCUGUAACAAGAUUAAGGGCGGGGGCCAGGCCUGGGGAGCGAAUCAGGAUGGAGUGGUGAACAGCCAGCCAGGGGCACGAGUGAUGGAUGAACGUGAACAGAUGGCCAUCAGUGGGGGCUUUAUCCGCAGGGUAACAGAUGAUGCCCGGGAGAAUGAGAUGGAUGAGAACCUGGAGCAGGUGGGAGGAAUCAUUGGCAAUCUGCGUCACAUGGCCCUGGACAUGGGCCAAGAGAUCGACACCCAGAACCGCCAGGUCGAUAGGAUCAUGGAGAAGGCUGAUUCCAACAAGACCAGGAUUGACGAGGCCAACCAGCGUGCUACAAAGAUGUUGGGCAGUGGCUAAACUGCAGCGAAAAGUGCUCUCAUUCCCGUUUACCCCCAAUCACCCUUAAAGUAACAACACCAACCAAACCCCAGCCAGCCCCCAACGCCUGGUACCCACUUCCUAUGCUCGACAGCAGGCGCUGCAAAAUCAUGCUUUUAUUGUGAUACCUGUAGAGGUUUGCACACACGCACAUAUCAUACAUUCCUCUGCCCCUCCCCCCCCCCUCUAAAUUAUGCCCUUCACUUCCCUCCAUCCCUUUCUUCUCCUUGUUGUCAAUGUUCUGUGUUGUUGCUUUUUUGAUUUUGUUAAGAAAUAAUAGUUCUGUUACACAUCAUCCACCCAAACUGUCUCCACACUGUACAUAGUGCUUCUUCAAUGUCCUCAUUGACUUAGAUCACGUGUCCUGUCUUCUUCAUCACUCUUUUUUUUAAGUCUGUGUGUAAUAUAAACUGUAUGUACACCUUGUUCCAAAAUGUCCUUCCCCCAUGUCAGUAUUCUGGUGUUGUCCAUGUAAGACACACUGUGUAUUCAUCAGUUAAAAUGUUGUGAUGCUACAUGAUAAGGCCAUUGAUUUGCAGUGAAUAUAGUGCAUACACAUACAGCCCGCACAGCCUGUAACCAAGGCCACUGUUUAAAUACAAAGUCAUUUAAUGUUGAUGUAGAGCCACUCAUAUCUUAAUAACAUCGUAGACCAAGGAUACUCAGUUAAGUAUUUGAGCCAUUUGGAUGAAGACAUGGCUUUUUGUUCCUGGUUGUUAGUGCACCACCACUACUACUACUACCAACUCUGUGUUAACACAAUUUGAUGCCACAGAUUGUAUAGUAUAUACUGUACCUUUUCCUCAGGGAGCUAAAUCUGACCAUUCAAAAGCAAGGGUUGAAUAUUUAAUUGAUUUGUUGUCAUUCAUAAUUAAGGCUCACUGCAUAUGCAAAUAUAUUGCAUUUUCCUUGUGGUCUGAACAGCAUUGUUGAUGGGACUCUUGUUUAACCAUCAGAAACAAAUUGGGCAUAAACUAUAAUAGCUAGCAUUAGGAUUGAUAAUAAAAGGAGGUGGAGUUUUGCUAAGGUCACAGUUCAACAUCAACCAAUUCAAGGCAAAGUUACAGGGGGGUCACAACCUCUUCACAUCCCAGGCCAGACUGCUUUACCUAUGAUUCAACCCUAGCAAUAUCAAGUAGUGCAUUAAGUGUGUUAUGCAUGUUCAUCCGCUGCUAGGAGACACUGAAUAAUUCAUUUAUUCAGACAAAAAUAUCCUAACAUGGCAACCGCAUGCUACAUAUGUAGGCCACACAGAAGAGAGGCCCAUAUUUAUCUCCAAGAGUGCCACUCUUUUUGUUUCAUGUCUCUUAACCUUUC